AAAUGGUCGUUGCAAUUCUCUUCAACUCAUUAAUGAUCGUUUCCCCUCUUUCUUAAACCCCCGAAAGCUCGUCUUCCCACACACCCUCUCUCAUUUUUUAAGCAUCCAUUCCAUUCGUUCCCCCUCUGUGCAAUACAGCUUCUAUUUCACCUUCCCCCCCAAAAAAAACCCUUGGCUUUUUCCCUCACCAACAUUGUUCCUUUGUUGUUAUUCUAGCUUUCAUUAAACACACGCGUCGCGCCAGGUGUAGAAGAAACACACUAGCCAACACAACAGCCAAAUGUCCAUGGUUUAGCGCUCAAGAACCUUCCCAGAAAAAAAAAACUUCUCUUGCCUCAUCAAAGAAGUUACUAAUUACACUCAAACAAAAAUAGCCUAAACAAAAUGGCUAUGCUUCUUCUCAUUCCACUGUUCCUAUCAUCCAUUUUACUAUUCCCAAUAUCAAGCGCAACAACGUUCUCACCCCAACCCGGAAUCUGCUACGGCCAGCUCGGAGACAACCUUCCACCGCCGCGAGAAUCUGUCUCCCUCAUUACCUCCGUCCAUGCGAAGCGCGUGAAGCUCUACGACGCGAACCCAUCCAUCCUCCACGCGCUUCAAGACACGCGCCUGCAAGUUUCCAUCAUGGUCCCCAACGACCUCAUCUUGAACAUCUCCACGAACCAAACCCUGUCCGACCAGUGGGUCUCCGACAACGUCGUACCCUACCACCCCCGCACCCUCAUCCGCUACCUCCUCGUCGGCAACGAAGUCACCAGCACCACCGCGGCCACCGCCACGUGGCCCCACCUGGUCCCCGCCAUGCGCCGCAUCAAACGCUCACUGAAAUCCCACGGGAUCCGCAAAAUCAAAGUCGGAACCUCAUCCGCUAUGGACGUGCUUCAAACCUCGUUCCCUCCCUCAAACGGUGCGUUUCGCAAAGACCUAACUGCCCCCGUCAUGAAACCCAUGUUAAAAUUCCUCAACCGGACCAAAUCGUUUUUCUUCUUAGACGUGUACCCUUUCUUCACUUGGUCCGCUGACCCCUUGAAUAUAAACCUUGAUUACGCUUUAUUUGAAUCCAAAACUGUAACCGUUAAGGAUCCGGUUUCGGGUUUGGUUUACACUAACCUGUUUGACCAAAUGGUGGACGCGGUUUAUUUUGCGAUGAAGAGAUUAGGUUUUCCGGGUGUUCGGAUCUUUAUCGCGGAAACGGGUUGGCCCAAUGGAGGCGACUUGGACCAGAUUGGAGCAAAUACUUACAACGCUGCCACUUACAACCGAAACUUCAUAAAGAAAGUCACUAAAAAACCGCGGGUGGGGACACCGGCUCGACCGGGUUCGGCUCUUCCGUCUUUUUUAUUCGCCCUCUUCAAUGAGAAUCAGAAACCGGGUCCGAGUACGGAGCGGCAUUUCGGGUUGUUGCACCCGAACGGGUCGAGGGUUUACGACGUGGAUUUGUCCGGGGAAACGCCGGAGGCGGAGUUCCGGCCGCUUCCGGUGCCGGAGAAUAAUGAAAAGUUUAAGGGGAGGAUAUGGUGCGUGGCGGCGCGCCGGGAUAACGCGACGGCGCUGACGGCGGCGCUUGCGUACGCGUGCUCGCAGGGGAAUGGCACGUGCGACCCGAUCCAAUCGAAGGGGAAGUGUUUUAAACCCGAUUCGGUUUUCUGGCACGCGAGCUAUGCGUUUAGUGCUUAUUGGGCGCAGUUUAGGAAGGUUGGCGGAACUUGUUACUUCAAUGGGCUUGCAACUCAAACCGCAAAGGAUCCAAGUUAUGGAUCCUGCAAGUUCCCUAGCGUGACACUUUGAAGAAGGAGGAAUCAAACAAACCAAGCAAAAUAGAGCUUUCGUUACGCGAUCAUAUAAUGAUUAUUUAAUUUCACUAUGUCGACAUUGGGAAUUUUGAAUUAGGGGGAUCGUUUUUACUGUAGGGGAUAGUGUUUCUUUCAUUUCAUGAACGUAUGUUCCUCCUAUAGAUAGAGCAUCCGAACCCACUAAGAAGGAACAUACAUUGGUGAAUGAUUUUGAAUACUCCAACCACCGGAUCGCCAUUAUUUAACACCAUGUUGGUAGAAUAAGUGAUGAGGUGCAAUGUUUUCUGCUUAUUAUUUGCACAACUUAUCUUCUUUUCAAUUGGCAUGUAGGAUAGCCAUUAUAUGUAACACUAAUUCUUUGCACGGUCAAUUCACUGACCCCGGAUCACCCUUAUUUUGAUGUUAUCUAUAUCAUACUGCUAGAAGUGAUAAGGUGCAUUACAAUUUGCUCAACUUUCGUUCUUUUA